AUGGGCGGCGGGGGAGGAGGAGGAGACGAGUGGAGGAGCUGGCCUCCGGCACCCGGCGGCGCUCCGCCGUACAUCCCGAGGGAAGACCAUUGGACUCACUUCGACAACUCCGUCAACGCCGUCUCCUUCGGGUUCGUGGCCACCGCAAUUCUCAUCUCGAUGUUCCUCGUCAUGGCCAUAUUCGAGAAAUUGCUGCGGACGUCCUCUCCGCCGGCCGGAGGGCGGCGGCCGCGCGCCGACAUUGAGGCUCAGGACCGUGCUGCUCGCGUCAAUUGUAAGCUUGGGUACCCAUCUCCUAAGGUAUCAGCCAAUGCAAGAGAAGUAUCAGUGGUGAUGCCUGGCAAUAAAGUCCCGACUUUUAUAGCAAAACAAGCUCCAGUGCCUUGUCCUCCCGAGCGCAUGCGUUGGCCUUCUAAUCAACAAGUACAAAACCAAUGUAAUUUACACGAGUCACACGUCUCUAGCUGA